UACAUUAUAGAGUAAGUUAUGUAAUCUCCUAGAAAAAACAGUAACUGAGCCCAGUCUACAGAGAGGAUUGCUAACUGUAGUUAAUCCCGACCAUUAUUGUUUGUGAGAGUUGCAGAUUUUAUAAAAAUAACUACAGUUAAUAUGUUUGCGUUGAUAUAGUUGUUUUGAGUUGGUUUUUUUAAAUAAAUAAAUUAAUUAAUUUUGUUUUCAAUUAUGUGGAUCAAUCAAUGCAGAGAUGUGGAACAGACGGAUGAUUUGGAAUCAUUUGGACUACUUGAGGAAAAAAUAAGACAUUCAUCACACAAUUCGAAUGUGAUACGGUAAUUUCUUCAUGGGUAUGCAUCUAUCCAGUGAUGCAUCCCGUAUUGUGUGGAAUGAAAUAAAGUAGCAAGAUAGAGACAUCCCUAUAAUACAAUGCGUGGAAUCUUCACAUUUAGUGAAAAUUCACAAAUGUCAAAUACGACCAUUGCGUAGAGUAAAUUCAGUUUGCGUUUAAGUACCCAAACAUUCAGGAUUCCGUGCCAUAAGAGAAGAAAAAAAAAGUAUCAUUGACUUUUCACACAGGUUUUAUUCUACACAGUGCUUCUCUUAGAUAAAUUGGAACCAAGAUGAGAAAGAAGAAAAAUGUAGGAUAUAAACUAUCGUGAAGACACCAUCUGGAUCAUAAAGUGUUAGCAAGUGUAUUAACGAGGAAGGAAAAACCUAUGUAUAGCACUUAGAUAAGAUGCAGAUCCAAGGCCUUUAUCGGUUCAUUGCAACGGUGCAACUCACAAUUUUCACUACGAUAGAACUCGUGACAAAUUCUCUGCCUCUCACCACCAUUCCUCUGCACACGCACAAACAAUCUAAAGGAAAACAAGAGAUCUCAAUGAAAAAGCUAUCGAAUACAACACCUGCUAAUUUGCCAGUAUUCACUCCCCCCACAAUUGACCCCGGCAUCAAACCAUUCCUUAACAAGAUCCUUGAUGACUCGGACUUGAACGUUGACUCUGAUGAGGAAGCCAAACUGCGUGAGCAGGAAAAAAAGUUAGAAAAUUGCGAUCCGGAAGUACAAGACAUUUUGAGGGAAAUGGAAGAAGAAUCCAAUGAUAUAUACUAUCCAACGGAAGUUAACUACUUUAAUCAAAAUAUUGAUCACUUUCUCAACAAAACUGCAAAGGAGCUGAAAUGUUUACAGGAGCGAAAUCAAAUUUACAGUGACUUGAUAGAAAUGCCGGCUGAAAAUAUUAUACAGGUUGCGUAUGGUACAGUUGAGGUAGCUAUGGGAAAUGAAAUUCAUGCUAGAUAUACGACGAGAAUGCCAACGUUUGUGACAUGGCCAGCAAAGAAAGAUUCGCAGUACUGCUUGAUAAUGACAGAUCCGGACACAUCAUACCACUCCCGACCGACGGAACCGAGAGAAUAUCAACACUGGAUUGUCGUCAAUAUUCCCGGCAAUAAUUUAACCGGUGGUGAGACUAUAACCGAAUAUGUUAGGCCAAACCCAGAGUAUGAUGAUGAUGGUUUUCAUAGAUUCAUUUUUUUCGUAUUCAAGCAGGAGGAAAAGGACAAAAUUUACGAUGAAGUCAAGCGUAGUCAUAUACCUGUUAAAUCUCUUCGAAAAGACUUUUCUACUAAAUUAUUUGCAAAGAGACAUCAUUUAAAAGGACCCGUGGCGAUUAACUUUUUCAUAGCAAAAUGGGAUAGAAGCAUCAACGAGGAAGAGGAGCUUUUUGGACCACUUCAUCACUGAACAGGACUUAAUUUUUUUCGUCGUCAUUUUAUGUGGAGCUUCUUAUUUCCUCUUCACAGUCAUCACUUAUCUAACAGAAGGAUAAAAAAAAGGCAACCGUUUAUUUUACUUCCUAUCUCAGUGAGUUUUUGUUACAUUUGAUGUUGUAUGAGCUUUCUUCACUGACUUGGAUUUUUAAAUCAUUUUCGGGUAUUUAAAUAGGUUAUAAUAAUGUAA